UUCGGGUAUGAGAGCGUGAGAGAUGAAUACAUUUAUCCAGUGAGCUCCUUUGUCAUUUCUGGUCAAGAAAAUGAUCAGUUGGGACCUAGCAAGCAUCAGAUCAAGAGACUGGCUGUUAGGACCUAAUGCAGGUGCUAAAUAAGAUGGGACAUUUCUUGAUAAAAGAGCAGUCCAUAAGAAUGCCCAGAUGAGGGCAAGUGAGUCACGUGAUGUUGAUCUCUUAAGUCCAGUGGAUCCCUGGGCCCCUCGAGUGGAACAAUGUCUUGGCUGCAAGCUGCAACUGACAGGCCCAGCUAUGGUUGUCUGUCAGUACAAGUUCCACCCCGAGUGCUUCUCUUGCUCGGGCUGCAAAGCAAUGAUUGAAGAUGGUGAAUCUUUCUGCCUGGUGCAGGGCACAUCACUGUAUUGUGGUCCGUGUCACAAGCUGCUUCUCUUACGACCUCAGUUUGAGGGUCUUUGCCAUGAAACCCCGCCAGAACAAAAUGCUCACACACUUACUCUCCUGCGAAUCCUUCCUCAUGUUGGAGGGAACCAGAGAUUCUCUGUAUCUGUGGAGGACAUGCAAGUCACAAAUGUGAGUCCUGAGGUCCAAAACACUCUGUUUCCGGGAGACCGGAUCCUGGAGAUCAACGGAGCUCCUGUCAGUACAUUGCCUCCUAGCGAGGCUGAUGAAUUGCUUUGCUGUCCAGACCGGACCCUGCAACUCCUGAUAGAACGCAAUCCUGCACCAGCUUUCCCUGUGGAUAAUCCUCCCCCAAUAUCUCCUUCCUUACGCUCAAAAGAUGGAAAAGGCAGUUCAGAGACUUCCAUUAAACGCAGCUCUAUUAGGAGGAGUAACAGUAACACCCGUUCUCCUGGACCCUGCUCACCAAAAGAUUCUCGCUUUGUGAAUCGCUCAGAAUCUCUCCGCUGUUCCCCAAGUGCCACUCAUCAGAUUUUUCGACCAUCAGAGUUAUUACAUGGGGAAGAACUUGGUAAAGGCUUCUUUGGGCGUGCUAUCAAGGUUACCCAUAAAGCCACAGGCAGAAUAAUGGUGAUGAAGGAACUAAUACAAUUUGAUGAGCAAACACAGAAAACCUUUCUGACUGAGGUAAAGGUCAUGCGUUCUCUGGAUCAUCCAAAUGUAUUGCGUUUCAUUGGGGUUCUGUACAAGGACCGUAGGUUGAACCUGUUGACUGAGUACAUUGAGUGUGGAACCUUGAAGGAUUAUCUGAGAACGGAUCACUGCCCAUGGCAGCAGAAAGUUUCAUUUGCUAAAGACAUUUCAAGUGGAAUGGCCUAUCUUCACUCCAUGAGUAUUAUCCACAGAGACCUAAACUCCCCUAAUUGUCUGAUAAAACUGGAUGGAACAGUGGUAGUGGCAGAUUUUGGGUUAUCCAGGUUAAUUUUGGAAGAUAAGCCACGACAGCCACCCGAGCGACCACCUACAAAAAAACGCACAUUGCGCAAGAAUGACCGAAAGAAGCGUUAUACAGUGGUGGGGAAUCCAUACUGGAUGGCACCUGAGAUGUUAAAUGGUAAACUUUAUGAUGAGAAGGUGGACGUGUUUUCAUUUGGAAUUGUUCUGUGCGAGAUUAUUGGGCAAGUCUAUGCUGACCCUGACUGCCUUCCACGUACAUUGGAUUUUGGCCUGAAUGUCCAGCUCUUUUGGCAGAAAUUUGUUUCUGAUGAUUGUCCGGCUGGCUUUUUCCCCCUUGCUGCAUCUUGUUGUCAAUUAGAGCCAGACAAGAGGCCUGAUUUUCCAUACCUGCAGGAUGCAUUUACAGCUUUGUCUCUGUUCCUGGGUGACCUGGGGAUCCCUUUACCAUCAGAGCUGGAGGAACUAGAGCAGAACUUGAGAUCGCAAUAUAACCUGACACGCAAUAACACCACAUCUCAAGCAAAAGACCAGACUUAAAGCAACCAGGGAUGAAAUGUGAACAAGAAACACUCUCCACCCUACCCUUUCCUCUCAAGUUCCAACACUUCCAUUUUCUCACUUGCAUUAAGUUUAAGAACAAAAUGUAUUACAGUCUCUUGCUUCUUAUUGAUAACUUGGAGACAUUUGUAUUAGGUCAACAGCUUGGCAUGUGCUUUGCAUUGACCUAGGGACCAAAACUCUAAAAGCCAGUGUGAUCACGUAAAGCCACCUGUUACUACUGGGCAUGUAUUAUGCCAAACUUUAAGAGGGAUGUUGAUAUGAUAUGCUUGAACAGCCUCGCCACUUGAACAAUAUAUUCAGACUUUGUUACCAAGCACACAAUUUCAGUUAUGAAGAUGAGAAACUAGCAUUUUUCUUUAGCUUUUCGUAACACUGUCUGUGGCCAUGCCUGCACAACACUUACAAAUCAAAAUUAUCUGCACUUUUUGAACUUUAAAUGAAAGAAACAAAACAUAACACUCGGCUGGCCUUUGAACAGCAACUCGUAGGGUGACGUCUCCCAUACUGUGUUGCAUAUAUUAAAGCAGGUGGUAUUUGCCCUCAAGGUUGGGUAUAUAUUCUGUGACUUAUUGACCACUUUAGUAGAAUUGAUAUUCUGCAGGGAAGAAUUGCUGCAUUUUGUAUUUAAGUGAAAACUGGAAUUUGUAGUCUUAAGAUUGUAUUUUUGUAUUCUUUUUGAAUGGACUUGUCACUCUACAAACUGUAUACUCUGAUAACUUGCCUAUUCUUUUUUUUCCUCUUUUGGUGCUUUCCACAGUGAAUGAUAAUAUGAUAACUAUAUCCACUGUAGAUUAUGUGAAAAUGAUUUUUGUGCAACCACUUAACUUUAGCAGGGGUAGCCAUAUCCAGGCAUCCCAAAUGUUGCUGGACUACAAAAUGCUUACAUUAACAAUGAGUCUUAAUUUACGUUCCCUACAUGUUUAUAUGCAGGAACCUAUAGCCUGACUUAUUGUGCAGUUUGAUUUACUGUGCAUUAUUAUUUUGUGAAAUUGUUUCAGUGCAUUAACUCAGGCACUUAUUUACCUCUUGCUGUUACAGCUUUAUCUUGUAACCUAAUGUGACCAGGGAGGGAAAUGUGUUAGAGGAAAGCCUCAUUAUUUUCACUGGUUCUGGAGGCUUGUCUCUGGAGCUAGCCGCAGUAGAACAUGACACUGUGACCUUGCUAUAAUCUAACUUCCUGGAGGCCACACGGAUUCAAUGCAGAUGAUUGUGCAGUUCAGCAGUUUGAUUCAACAGGCUCUGCCUGCUCAUUUUAUUAGCAAAACACUCACUGUUACAAAAAAAAAAAAAAAACUUCAAUAAACAGAUUUCAUACAA